CCGUUAAGUGCGAGCAGCUUCCGCUCUUUGUGCUCUUCCAGUUGACGCGAAGCCGCUGGAACCUUCCGCUUCGUUUGGGGACUUUUCUUGUUUCUGCUGCUCCAGAUUUACCAGAUGUGGAUCCUGGUCCCGGCGCUGCUGGUGCUCGGCUCGGCGCUGGUCUGCCCGGACGGAGACGAGUGCGAGAGCAACAACACCUGCUGCAAGGACGCGGCGGGCCAAUACGGCUGCUGCCCGCUGCCGCGCGCCGAGUGUUGUACUGACCUCCUCCACUGCUGCUACGAGGGCACGCUCUGCGACCUGGUCCACGGCCGCUGUGUCAACAAGACGGUGUCCCUGCCCUGGAGGAGGCGCCUCCCCCCCCGACCGGCGGCUCCUCGGCAGCAGCUCCGAGCCGUGGUGUGUCCGGACCGUGAGUCCGAGUGUCCCGACGGCACCACCUGCUGCCAGCUGGCCGGCGGCUCGUGGGGCUGCUGUCUGUUCCCCAAGGCCGUGUGCUGCGAGGACAAACGCCACUGCUGCCCCGAGAGGACGACCUGCGACCUCCAGCACGCACGCUGCCAGGCCGGCAGGCGGGGGUCCUUCCCCAUGCUGGAGAAGAGGCCCGCCAGGAGGACGGGGAACCACUCGGCUCCAUUGGUGGGUUCUGUAGUUCCUCCGGUGGGUUCUGUAGUUCCUCCGGUGGGUUCUGUAGUUCCUCCGGUGGGUUCUGUAGUUCCUCCGGUGGGUUCGGUGACGUGUCCCGGUGGCCAGAGCAGCUGCCCAGAUGGUUACACCUGCUGCCUCAAGAGAGGCGGAGCUUACAGCUGCUGCCCGUACGCUCAGGCCGUGUGCUGCAGCGACCAGCUGCACUGCUGCCCCCCCGACACGGAGUGCGACCUGGAGCACGGCGCCUGCAAGGCCGGCGCCACGGCGAGCACGACGGCGCCGCUGAGGAGGCUCGCGGCCGCGUCCCGUGACGUCGAGUGUCCGGACGCUUCGGCGUGUCCCGCCCAGACGACCUGCUGCAAGACGACCAGCGGCGUGUACGGCUGCUGCCCCAUGCGCAACGCCGUGUGCUGCUCAGAUCACCUCCACUGUUGUCCCGAAGGCACCGACUGUGACGUCGCCCACAGCGCCUGUAUUAACGCCCGCGGAGAGACCGCCAUGAGCGCCAUCGCCGUGACGACGCUGGAGGAAGUCCAGAGCAACGGCGCCGUGGUUCCCUGCAACGGCUCGGUGGUCUGCGCCGCCGGCAGCACCUGCUGCUCGCUGCCACAGGUAGCGCCGCCUGGCCGUCCAGACGUUGUUGUUGUUGUUGUUGUUACUCGGCGUCUCCUCCCCCCGCAGGCCGUGUGUUGCGAGGAUCACCUCCACUGCUGCCCGCACGCCACCGUCUGCAACCUGGAGGCCUCCACGUGCGACGACGCCGCGGCCGGCACCGCCACGCCGUGGCACGCCAAAGGCCCCGCCUCCCUGUGGAACGCCAUAAGCCCCGCCUCCCCGGCGCCCGACGCCAAGUGCGACGAGUCGGCGUCGUGCCCCGAGCGGUCGACCUGCUGCCGGACGCAGGGCGGCGGCUGGGCGUGCUGCCCGAUGCCGCAGGCCGUGUGCUGCAGCGACCUCCUGCACUGCUGCCCGCGCGCCACCGUCUGCAACCUGCCGACCGAGACCUGCGACGACCCGGCGGGCGUCUCGCCGCCGGCCCGCUGGCUGGAGAAGACGCCGGCCGUGACCUCCGAGAGGGCCCCGGCCCCGCUGCAGGGCUCCGGUCCGGCCCGGCCCACCAGGACCGCCUGCGACGAACAGACCAGCUGCCCCCGAGACGCCACCUGCUGCUUCAUGGGCGCCGCCCGCCGCUGGGGCUGCUGCCCCGUGCCCGAGGCGGUGUGCUGUGGGGAUGGCCUCCACUGCUGCCCCGAGGGCCACGCCUGCGAGCCGCACCGCUCCGCCUGCUCCCGGGGGGCCGGCGUGCCCUGGCUCUCCAAGCUGAGCGCCGUGGCGACGCCCGGCGCCGUGUCGGACGUCAAGUGCGACGGCCGCAGCAGCUGCACCGCCGGAACCACGUGCUGCAAGCUGCUGACGGGCGAGUGGGGCUGCUGCCCGCUGGUCCAGGCCGUCUGCUGCGCCGACCGAGAGCACUGCUGCCCGCAGGGCUACACCUGCAACAUGGAGACCAGCACCUGUGAGAAGGCGAGCCCGCAGACCACAGUGGUACGGCCCGACGGCGCCGCGGAGGAGGAGGACGCCGGGACCGUACCAUGUGACGCCGCGGGGGAGUUCCGCUGCUCCGAGCGGGACACGUGCUGCAGGGUGUCGGCCUCCGAGUGGGCCUGCUGCCCCUCCCCCCAGGCGGUCUGCUGCCCCGACUCGAGGCACUGCUGCCCCGCCCGACACUCGUGUGACCCGCGAGCCGCCGGCUGCUCCCCGCUGACCUGGGGCGCUCCGCUGGGGGUCAGGAGGAGGCUUUAGGUCCUGGGGGGGCGGCGGCCAUCUUUGAUCUGAAACGCUGUCCGUGGACGACACUUCCUAUUGGGAGGUCUUUUAUUUCGGUGAUGAAGAUGAAGAGGAGACUCGGUGGUGGCAGUGAAGACUUCAUGGUGAUUAAGAUGAAGCACGUGUGGAGGUUUCAUGUUGACUCGUUUCUCGUAGAUGAGGAUGAGGAGGAAAUGUUCAUCAAAUCCUCGACAAACGAAACCACAAUAAAUCCUUUAGGGUCGUGAUGUAAAUCUUGUUGCGUAACGUUCAAGCAGCUGGACGGUGGCGUUUGUUUCCCCAAACAAAUAAACCGUGUUUAGUUUGUUGUGUUUAACUAAAUACGAUGCGGACGCAUUGGAGGAGAUGCACUGGUUACCUUGAUCUGGAGUAAACAGGUGGUUGUUGUUGUUGUUGACUGUUAAUAAAUACAAAUGUAUAAAAUUC